AUGGAUAAUCUGAAUGAGCUCGGACAGCUACAAGCGCCUUUGCGUCGCAUGACGGCGCAGUCGCAAUCCCAGCAUGAGAGAGUUGCAAGGCUGGAGCGUGAGCUCCAAGAAGCCACAAAGGAAGUGCGCUCCGCCGAUCUCAUCUACCGGAAACAUCUACUCUACUAUGCAAGGAAGGACUGCCUGCAACUUGCAACUAUGAUGCACCAGAAACUUCCCAUAGAGCUACGUGAAUUGGUGUACGAAUUCCUUUGCGUCGAACCUGAUCGUCCUAUCCCUGUGGGCCCGUACUAUCAUUUCCGCAAAUACGAUCGGCCUUUCCACGAUCCUCAAUGUAGGCCUCAACGUAGAAUGCAACGGUCCGAGGAUGAUACACGAAUAGCUUCAGACCUCACUGAACGUGUUAUGGAGAUGUAUUGCUCAACUCCAGCCGAUCAGGUCAAACUCGAUCACGAAGAUGAUAAUACCAUACUCCCUGACGGCCGAGUCAAAGAAGUGCACACCCAUAAGCCGCCGAGUGAUAUGGUACUUCCAUACAGUCAUUUCCUGGACCCCAGAUACGUUGGUCCAAAAAUCGCAUUCGAGAUACAGAAGAUGUACUACACGCAAAACACCUUUUCCGUAUGUAGCGUUGAGCAGGGAAUAUCAUACUUCUUAGGGUGCGACUCUGGAUACAACAUGGUGGGAUGUUGGGAAGAUGGUACCCCUAAAGAUGUACCAAAGGACCUUCAACUACAACCACCAGUGUACCCCGGAGAUCAUGUCCGAAAUCUACAGAUUCGCGUCAAGCUCGAGCAGUUCCAUUCAGACAUGCCAAAAGACCAUAUAAUACACGAAAGAUAUGCAUACGAACAGCGCUUCCUACGCUUUACUCAGAUCAACCUGAAAGGUCUCGAGGGGUUCUUGCAGCGUCGCCACAAGCAUGGAAUCGACAUUGAGUUUGUCAUCCUGACUGAAUUCCCAGAUUUCCAGGGGGAGGGGUGGGAUGCUCAAUGCAACUAUGUCAAUUUCCUGCAAUGCAUGAGAAACCUAGUCUACAUGAUGAUGCACGAUUGUGACGACGUCUCCGUCAAGAUUAUACACCACGACGAGAAUAUUUCGGCUUUCCCGCGGAAUAUCACAAGGGUAUUUGGGUUGACAAAAGAGCAAUGGGAGCACGAAAAAAGUGUUCAUCAGGGUCAAUAUCACUGGGACCAGGAGUUCUACCUUGGAGCUCCGGGAAUGGUUGGAGACGACAUGCUCUGGUGUUAUCCCGCUGACGAGGCGGACGCAAUGCUUCGCGAGCGAUGGGGUAUGGAUUCAGUUUUAGCUACUUGGGCGAAGCACCCUGUUAGAGAGGGGAGGUAUUGGCCUAGGUCUGCCAGACCAGUUUAA